GCCCCUGUAAAGUUGACGCCACUCACGCCAACAAACCAAUCCGGGGCCGGCGGCCUUUGUUCUCACCCAAGAGACACUCCCUCGCGCACUGUCAAGAACCUUGAUUGACCGACUUGCCCAUUCCUUCCAUUUCCUCCCAACGUCAACAUCAAAACCCGAUUAACUCCUUCCGUCACCGAAGUCGUCUAGAGAGUUCGUCGUGUCUAUUUUCUCUGCAAAUUCACUCAUUGAAAACUGCAUCGUUCACUCCACCUCCUCAGUUGGUGUUGCUUGACUACAACCCGGAACGUUUUUCGAUGUUCCUUCACUCCCUAGGAAUCAAUUCGUCAUAGUAUUUGAUCUUCGACCGAGCCCAAAAACAUCGUCCCGUCCAUCGCCUUCGUCACCAACCGCAACAUCACCGAGCCGAAGCGACCCGACCCUUGUCCCAUCCUUUUAAAUUAAGAUUCGCUGGCCUGUCCAGUCAAUCCGACAGUACAAGUCCAUUCAUUGUACUCCGCCAUGGCUUCCAAAGCAGCCACCAAGCGGCUCACAUUGGAGUACAAGUCCAUCUCCAAGAACCCGCCGCCAUACAUUACUGCACAUCCAUCAGAGUCUAAUAUUCUUGAGUGGCAUUACAUUAUCACCGGUCCAGAGAACACUCCCUACUAUGGCGGCCAAUACUGGGGCACUCUCAUGUUCCCGCCCAACUAUCCGUUUGCCCCGCCAGCCAUCCGCAUGCACACACCUUCCGGCCGCUUUCAGCCCUCGACCCGCCUUUGUCUUUCCAUUUCCGACUUCCACCCUCGCUCCUUCAACCCGGCAUGGGAGGUUUCUACCAUUCUGAUUGGUUUGCUGUCAUUCAUGACGUCGGAGGAGAUGACCACCGGCUCAGUUUCGGCAACCGAGGCCGAGCGCAAGUUCCAUGCCGCUAGGUCACGUUGGUGGAAUUCCACUGGCGGCGGCUCGCACGCACGGUCCACAGGCUCGGUGCAGAAAGGAAAUGUCAAGGCAGGCGAUGGCGGCGCAAAGUUCCGCAGCGAAUGGCCCGAGGUUGAUGCCGAGAACUGGGAGUGCAUGCGCAAGGAGGACAUCGAUCCUGCGACCGGCCAGAAGAGAAACUCGGCCGAUGGUACGGGUUCAGGUAACGGCUGUGCACCGCAACUUGGGAUCGCUAGCGCCGGCAGCGGGAACCAGGCCCAGGCUGUCGUUGAUGUGAUGGCACAGCGGAGGGAACUGGGACAGGGCUGGCUCUGGCAAAACAAGUUUCUCGUGGCUUUGGGCGCCGUAUUCGUUUACGUGCUGAUAGCUCGCAUUCUGGGAUCGGUUGAGUAGGGGCGCCUCGCGGUCCCCAGUCCCAGCCAACGGCCACGUUACCACUCGCGCACAAUGUCACAACCGUGUCAACCAUGAAACAUGGGUGCGAGACCACUGCCAUGGCCAAUGUCGGGUUCGAUUCUGCAACCACCACACCAUCCUCGAUACGAUAUUUUUACUUUUUCGGUUGCAUUGUGCCCUAUGACGGAACUAUCACACCAUUCACGACUUUCUUUUUGUACUGACAACGGGCUUUGCACGGCGUUCCACGGCGUUAUGAAGAAAUGGUUUGGUAACAGCGAUGAUGGCAUACUGCAAUUAUAUUCGGCAAUGGGACAUCGGCGAGCAUUACCGGAGCCACAAAGGUUUGUAUAGGCGACAGCAAGAUUGUUCGCGAUUCGCAGACCCAUGUUUUAAUUAGCCGGUAUCAUUUUACACUAGUCAUGUGAGCCCUGGCAUUACUCCUAAAACUGUGUUUUUAGUACUCAUUUUCAUUUACCCCUCUGCGUGACUUGCGGAUGCCACUAUUGUUCAAAAUUAAGGUUCUUGUCACGCUGUUGCAGGCAAUACAUGGUCCGUCUGCACUAGGCUGAAAA